CCACUUAGCCAUUUCUUGCCUCCAAAAACCCAUACCUCGUCAAACAACAUUUUCACGCUCGAUCGAGUCUAACGACCGAUCAAAAACCAAACCACACAUAAUACAAAACCCAGCAAGAAUAAAACGAAUCGUCACUUUCUAAUGCACCCAUGUCGAGUAGAUAAUACGAUUUCAUACCCAUCCGCCAUCUGCAAACAAGUGCAAGUUUAUAAUGUGACCAUCACCGUUUUAAUCACUCCAUUCGUUCCACUCGUUCCGCCCAGCUCACUUCUGGAAGUUUCUUCGCGAUUUUUAAACCUCCACACACUUAAAUAAACAUGAAGCGGAAAAGUGGAUACAGUAAUAAAGAUCUGGGAAUGCUGCUGGAGGCUUUGAUAGUGCUAUUAGGAUGUGCAGCUCAAGUGCGCACCACCAAGAACCCGUUCAUCGAGGCGGCAAAACUGGGCAGUUUAGCCCAGAGUUCGGCCCUGCAUGCCCAGAAUCUCGUCGUUAACCAGCAGGUGGCCGCCAACCAUGCCGCCUUCACCAUUAAGAACGAUUUGGCCCAAACCGCUCUGACCGCAGCUGCAGCGGCUCGGGCCGCCGUCACCGGGAAAAAACUGCACAUUUUGGCUCUUCAGGAGAGGUUGAAAGAAGCGGAACAAGUGUUAGAAGCGGAAAUCGAACAAUACGAAUAUUUGAAAGACGUGGAAGCUACUUUUUCCAAGGCGGCUGAAGAAUCGCAAAGUCAAGCCGACACGAUUCAGAGAAUUUUGGAAUUUGUGAAGAAUAAUACGUGCAAGAAUGAAGACUUGAAUUCUGAUGGUUGGAUUAGUUUUGGUACUGGUUUUCAUUGAAUUGUUGGUUAAUUAUGAUAAUUAGUAUAGAUUGUCGGUGAAUAAAGGGGCGAGAAUGCAGAAUUUUAUAACGAGAGAGGAGAAAGGUGGCUAUCAUUAAAUGCAUAACAUUAAUUGGAAGAGCUUCCUGUGGUAUGGGGGUUUAUUGAAAAUGUAUACUUAGUAUGACAAGCGUGCUAUUUAAUUUCGUCACGGAUUAUUACUUCUCAUUUACAUUUUAUAGUCAGGUCUUUGCUACUAUAUUUGGUGUUACAAAUAAAGAGAUCUGAUGUUUAAACUGUGAAUGGGUGUUUUAUAUGUCAUAAUCACGACUUUAUAACACUUAUCGUGCUAUGGAAGUGCUCACCGGUUCCUGCUCUCACUAAUAUUACCAUUUUAUUCUCGUUAUUAAUUGGUAGUUUCCCUACAAAAGCAUUAUUAAGGCGUGACUGAGCUAGUUAUUUUCUUUGUGUCACGCCUGUUCGCAAAUAAUUUGUUAUUGUUAGUCGUUUUGUCUAGUUUUCGUAUGAAUUUAGUCAAUAUGUGACGAUGUUAAGGUAAUUAAAGUUAUAGAUUGUUUAUUAGGGUGUAAUGUAAUUAAGUACGUUGUAAGAGUACUAAUAAACACCACUUUUACUGUAAAUAAGCUUUAAAAAAGUAUGAAAGUAAAAAUAGAAUUACGCUUCGGCGGUUGUAAACA